AUCACGCUUCUCCACACUCCAUAAUCACACAUAAAUCUAAAAUACUUUGAAUCUCUAGUAAUUCUGCACAGAUUCCUUUUGUCAUUUCUUUCUCCGAGAAUGGCGGCUAAGACGAAUAACAAUAUUGUCGUCGUCUUCGAUUUCGACAAGACGAUCAUCGAUGUAGAUAGCGAUAAUUGGGUGGUCGACGAACUUGGCUUCACUGCUUUGUUCGAUCAGCUUCUCCCCACAAUGCCUUGGAACUCUCUCAUGGAUCUGAUGAUGAAGGAGCUUCAUGAUCAUGGUAAAACCAUUGAAGAAAUCAAACAAGUCUUGAGGAGAAUCCCAAUUCAUCCUCGUGUCAUUCCAGCCAUCAAAUCCGCUCAUGCUUUAGGGUGCGAGCUGAGAAUUGUGAGCGACGCGAACACCUUCUUCAUCGAAACGAUCGUUGAACAUCUCGGGAUUAGUGAGUAUUUCUCAGAGAUUAACACAAACCCAGGACUUGUGGAUGAACAAGGAAGAUUAAAAAUCUCUCCUUAUCACGACUUCACCAAAUCCUCCCAUGGUUGCUCUCGCUGCCCUCCUAACAUGUGCAAGGGUCUGAUAAUUGAGAGGAUUCAAGCUUCUUUCAGCAAAGAAGGAUCUAAGACCAGGAUGAUAUAUCUUGGAGAUGGUGCUGGUGAUUACUGUCCCAGUCUUAAACUCAAAGCUCAAGAUUACAUGAUGCCAAGGAAGGAUUUCCCGGUUUGGGAUUUGAUUAGCCAAAAUCCAACCUUGGUUAAGGCUGCGGUUAGAGAUUGGACCGAUGGAGAAGCUAUGGAAAGUAUAUUAAUGGGAAUAAUAAACGAUGUUAUAUCAUCCGAUGAAGAAGAAGAAGAAGAAAAGGACAAGAUUUUGAGCUCUGAUCAUUGCAAGAUAUCUGUUGGGAUUGCUCAUGAGCCUUUGUUGCCUCUUGCACGUCAAGUUCCUCUAAAACUUGUGAAGUGAUUUGAUGACGAGGACAAAUUAAGGAUCGUUGAAUAUUUUUUUUUUCCGAAUACAUGAUACUACUCUUCAUGCAAAUGAGAAAAAUUUAAAAGAUCCUAAAGUUGAAUGUAAUAGGCUGAUUUAUCGUCUCAACUCUUCAAGUUGUCUUCUUCAUACAUAAUGCACGAAGUUUUGACCGAUCAGUCCAUCAAAGAUCAUGGUUU